AUGUCGAGGUCGAGGCCCACCAGCGGGGCCUUGAUGCCGGGCGCCGUCAUCUUGACGCCGCCUUCUCUCUCGGAGAUACUAUCUAAUACCUCGUCCCCGCCAUGGACGUUGACGGCCUUCAUGGCCUAUCUCUCUCAGAACCACUGCUUGGAGACGCUCGAGUUCACCAUGGACGCAGAACGAUACCGCAACGCCUAUCAACAGAUCAUUACUAACAAGGAGUGGGUCGGCGACGGCAAAGAACACGUCUGCUCGCUGUGGGAAAAGCUGAUGCAGGCAUACAUCAUCCCCUAUGCACCCCGCGAGGUCAACCUACCUUCGCGCGUGCGCGACCGUCUCAUGGCGCAGCAAUGCCCUCCCAUUCCUCCUCCUCCUUCCGAGCUGGACGAGGCCGUCAAGAUUGUGUACGAGCUCAUGAACGAUUCUGUCCUCGUACCCUUCAUCGAGUCUGUCAUGCCCAGUCAUGGCGACGUGCGCAUGGACGACGAAGGCUACGAUGCGCGGCAAGGACGCUCUCGCUUGCAGGUGGAGGCCACCGGCGCCAGGUUAGACGAACCCAAACGGUCUCCAAACUUUCUGCCCCAGCUAGUUGUCGGCCGCAGCGGAGCCACCAGUCGUUCGGCCUCCGCGUCGGGCAUGGAGCGUGAGGGCCUCACAGAUGAUAGCGGGAGCGCCGCCUCUCCCGGCACAGAACCCAUGACGCCCCCCACCACGCCCCCCACCUCGGAUUGGACUUUCAGCACCUCUCCCGGCGGCCUCCAGCGGGCUCUGACGGCCCACAACAACGGCUGGAAGAAGGUCGGCGCGAAGCUAGGACUGCACCGCAAGUCGCGGGCCAACCGCCGCAGCCACGCGCCGUCGUCGGCACCCAUCAACGACGGAGACAUUGCUAUGGCGGAGGCCAGCGGCCAGGGCAACCCGUUAUAG